AGUUAUAGUUAGUAUGAUGUAGUGGACGAUACUUAUUAGCCUUUAAAGUGCAUUGGUUCAUUUUCCAAUGGACCACAGCCACUGCAACAAAUGCUUCUACACUUACUGCACGAAAAGCGAGUGUCCAGUGGUGUAUUGUAAGACAGGAUGUCAUGCACGACUCCAUGAGUGUAAAACUAAAGAUCACACUCUGGUGUGCCCUCUGGAGGUUGUUAGCUGUAUCAAUGCAGAGAGUGGAUGUACUAUGAAGGUGGUUCGGUACCAGAUGUCCGCACAUCUCAGUGUGUGUCCAGCUUAUGUUGUUAUUUGCUGUUUCCAGUGGGUAAGGAAGAUGUUGCAGGACAGUGCCCCAAACCAUUCUCAAUUCCUAAGAAGACCAAAAGACUGUUCAAGACAGCUUGAUCUAGCUCUCACUUUCUUUGAUCAAAAACGAGGUAAUAAGAAACUGCUCCGGUACACUGGAAAGAAAGGAAUUAAGGCUUGUCAGGAUGUAGAAAUUGGAAGAGACAAUUUCAACUACAGCUACUCCUACAACCCCGCACACCCGGCCCCCGGUUCACUACAGUGGUACCGGACCAGUACCGCACUUGGCAAGCCGCCAGGCUGCAGGCGGCCUCCCUACAUGACGCCAGUACCCACAUUCCUGCAGAACUGCGCGGCGUACACUCCUCCUGCUCCUCUACACUGGACUAAACCCAUGUUCCUUAUCGCUAAUAAGCUACCCAACAAAGUAAAGGUUCAUAUCAGAGAACAGAAGGUUCCCAACCCAACUGAAGUUGAUAAAUGUCUAUUUGGCAGCUCUCACGAAGACAAAGAAGUCUGCGCGCGGAUUGAACCCUCCUUCUCCUGUUAUAACAUCAUAGCAAUCAACAACCUCCCUCUUCUCCACAGAUCAGAGGCUAGUCUACAUCUCUCCUGUGGGCAGAUGUUACGUAGAGAUCAGGUGUCUGCCCAUGCGGACACUGUUCAUAACCGGAUCAUGGCAGGUAUAAUGGACGGGUGGAUGAUAGAAAGAUGUCCCUUAUCAGCUUACGGAUGUGAACAUUACCAGAUAAGAAUACAACCUAAGGGAGGAAAACAGGAGGUGAAAUUUGAUGACGAUUUGGGAGUGUUUUAUCUGCGAACUAAGGAGGAACUCCCCGCCCCUACUUCAUGUUAUAUUCCUCAGCUACCAGCUGAGAUCUGGUGUCUUAUCGGUCAAUACUGCGACAGCUACACUCUAGCCCAACUCUGUUCCGUCUCCUUCCUUCACCACACUAUCUCUGCGCAGCUCCUCCAAUCCCGGGGUCUCGCGCACAAGCGAUGGACGCGCGGACUGGGACCGCGUCUCUGGGACAAACAGCGCAAGGUAAUAAGCGAUGACAUGCGCACGCUUGUUAGUAUUAGCUGCUCCUUUGCUGCAUGCAAGCGCUGGGAGCCUAGACCGGAGAUCCUUUUAGUCAAAUCGGCGAACUGGGGUAUCACCGCCUCCCUAACGAAUACGCUGGAGUGGGAACUAGCAGACAACCCCCAUAUUUCAAUUCACAUGAACAAGUGUCCGUGGAAUGUGCGCACGGAACACCGCGCGGACCUCGCCCAGGUCUACGGACACCCCAUCAUAGACCCCUCCGUUAUUAUACGUAAUUUUUAGUCGGUACAGGUGUUACGUGUGUGUGUGUUUGCCCACAUCCAGAAAGUUUUAAAUUGUCCUAAAACAAAUAAAAAUAAAAAGGGAAAUAAAGGUCAGGUCUUCGAAAAAUUUCCUUUUUGGCACCAAAUUUCCGCGCAGAUAAUCUGCUCAUCUGCCGUCUUUCUGGAUGUGGGUGUGUUUGUGUGUGUGACGGGUUUUAUUGCUUUUCUGGGAAUUGUUUGAGAAAUAUUACUUUAUAUAAUCUGAGAAAUUUAGCUGAGUUAUAUUUGUGUGAUCAUGCGAACCGUUUUUCUCUGUUUUUAACACGUGAUUCUUUUAUUGCUGUUUUACUUUUAUUUGUAUAUUUCAACUACAAGUUUAUUUAUAGAUGAAAGAGCUCUGAAAAAUAUUUAAUAUUGAUUUAUUCAACAAUUUCUCCGAUGAAUUUUGACGUUGUAUAUAAUAGUAUCAUGAUACUUACUAAUAUGUAUAAUUAUUUAUUGGCUUUAAUUUCAUUGCUGAACUAC